AUGCAUAAAUUACAUUUUAUUAUUUUUAUUUUAGAUUUACAAACACUUAAUAUAACAUUACAUUAUGAAGAACGUGUUUUACCAUCGAUUAUUAAUGAAUCUCAAUUUGAUGCUAUUGAAUUGAUUACACAACAUACACUUAUUUCUCAACGUGUUAGUGAAUUAUUAACAGAACGUGCUGCUCAAUUUAGUUUAUUACUUGAUGAUAUUUCAAUUACACAUUUAAGUUUUAGACCUGAAUUUACAAGUGCUGUUGAAUUAAAACAAGUUGUACAACAAGAUGUUGAAAAACAACGAUUUUUAGCCGAAAAAACGGAUCAAAGUCGUCAAGCAAAUGUUAUUGCAGCAGAAGGUGAUGCUCGUGCAGCUGAUUUGAUUGGCAAAGCUUUAGAUGAAGCUGGUGAUGGUUUGAUCGAACUUCGACAAAUUGAAGCCGCUGAAGGUAUUGCAAAUCAAUUAUCAAAAUCAAGAAAUAGCGUCUAUUUACCAUAUGGUCCUCAAAUGUUAUUUAAUAUUACUGGUAAUCAAAAUUAUAUAAAUGCUCGAUUUAGUUUACCACUUGCCAAUUAUUUACCACAUUUGGUUCCAUCUCAAAUAGCUACAGCUCAUUUUCAACUUGUUUUACCAUGUGAUCGUCAUUUUGGUAUUGAUUCAAUUCCAAUAGAAAUUUGUUAUGCUGGAACAGGUGAUCAUGGUUUUAGUCGACGAAGGUUAUUUACUGCAGUCCCAUUAAUUAAUCAAUAUUCUAUAGGUUCAAUUCUUCUUGAAAAUCCAUAUUAUGGUUUAAGAAAACCAUCAGAUCAAUCUCGUUCAUCAUUAUUAUAUGUUACUGAUUUAUGUAUUAUGGGUAAAACACUUGUAUUACUUCAUUGGUGUCAAAAAAUGAAAUUAACACCAGCUAUUCUACAUGGUUUUUCUCUUGGUGGACAUAUGGCUUCAUUAGCAUCUACAAAAUGGUCUGAUCCACCUUGUCAACAAUUCUAUAAAAAUAAAGCCUCUCAAACAUUUUAUGAUUAUUUACGUGAACGAGAUCGAUCAAUAGAUUCAAAUAAAAUUGUUCUCAAUCUUAUUAAAGAUAUGAUGCGUCUUCUUAUGGAUGAAUUUAUAUCUUUAUAUAAUUAUUCACGUUCAGUUCAACCAAAUAUAUCUGAUAUGAAUGAUGUGUGGCCUGGUAUUCAUAUUCGAUAUGCUCCUCAUGGACAUGUUAGUGUAUUUUUAUUUAAUCAAUCAGAUUUUCAUCAUGCUGCUGCUAAAAUGUUACAACGACAAGAAUCAAAUGUAAAACUAAAAAAACAUCUAAUCAUAUCACCAAUUUCUGUUACUACACCUAAAAAUUCGUGA